UUUGAAACAUUUCUUUAAUCGUGUUUUGAAAUCAUUAUCUACAGCCGUGUUCGAAAAUCAUAAUUAUCAAAUCACUAUCUCGGUCGAUUUUUCUAAAAAUUAAACGCUUUUCCACUCUUCGUAUUUUAAUUGAUAACGGCGCGUAACUACGUACGCAUCAACUUGAGUACGGAACGCGACCCCCGUGCCGUGCUUGUUGUCCUUGUGCGCUUUUCGGUAGUACACCGUUUUGUCCGUCGCUUAUCAUUACUAUUAUUAUUUUUCUUUAUUUUUCCUAUUCAAUCGGGAAAAUGUGUUGAAUUUAUAUCGGAUUGCAGUGUUAUUAUACGAUUUAAUCAUGGCCAACAGUGACAGCGACGAUAUUUUGUCCGCCGAAUUUCUAGAACCUGGUGAGCUGUUAGACAGUGACGAAGAUGAACAGCAGGACAAUAAUAGUACAUCAGCGAGAACGAAUCAGUCAGUUUUAGUAAACAGAACCAAAUUGAAUAGGAAUACUUUCCAAACCGCAACAGUGUCAAACAGAAAUGAACAGUCUACCCAUAAUUCUUGUGACAUCACAGAUAAACAAAUUCAAUAUAUUUUAAAUAGUUUGGGCAUGAAUAAAAAUAACAAAGAUAUUCAACUAAAUGCUUUACAUUUACAUGGAGUCAAUGGAAUGACUACUAAAGAUAUAAUAAGUUAUUUUGAUCAGUAUGAUCCAAAAUUUUUAGAAUGGAUAUCUAAUUCUGAAUGUAAUGUUGUGUGGCUAGAUGACCGAAUGCCUACAAAAGCAUUAUUGGAAUUAACCCGUCCAAUACGUGAACUUAAACACCUUACGUCUGUAGUUGAAGACAAUUUAAAUGAUGAAGCUAGAGAAUUAAAUGAUAAUUCAAAUGAUGAUCACAUGGAUCAAGAUGAUGUUUUGGUGUCCGAAGAUUAUGUUAGUUGUGUUGGUAAUGAAUUACCACCAGGGAUGUGGCGAAAAGCAAUUAAACCACAUACUAAAAAUAAGUGUAUACUGAUGAGAUAUAGCACAGUACAUGACAAACAAGAUGUGAAGAACAAAAAUAUUGAUGCAGAAGAUGGAGAGUAUGAAAUGUUUUCACCUGAAAGUCGUAAACGUAAGUUUAUACCAGUUAUUAAUCAUCCUGAUAUUGGUGAUGAAGUAUUGAAAGAUGAUGUUCGGUGGAAAUUAGCCAAAAAUCCUGGAAUCAAUACUUGGACUGCUAUAGCAAAGACUUGGAGCCAAUAUGACAAUGCUAUGGAUGCCAAAUAUAAAUCCAAAGUACGUACUCCUUCUCCACCACCACCUACAUCAUCUUCAGGCGCUGCAAGUGAAGAUGAUGAUGAAGAUGAUUACAAUGAAGCCAGAUAUAGAGAAAGCAAAAUUCCAAGAAUGCGUAUGUAUGCAGAUGAUGAAUCACAGAAUACUAUGAGAAAACGUGUGAAUUCUAGUUCAAAUUCAAGACAUCAAGUAAAUAUAGCUAAUGACUUACGUGAACGUCUCAAUGGACGUAUAGUGUCUGCAAAAGUUGCUAAAGCUAUCCGAGCUGCAAAAGCUCACCAUUAUAUUGAUGAUGAGUCCUUUGAAGUAGAUGUUGAAGAUGUUAAUGAUGAAGAAUAUUCAGAUAUUCCAUUCAGUCGUGCAACACGUCGAGAUAUUCCACGCCGCCAGUAUUUACAUGAAGAUGAUGGUGAUUAUACAAGUGAUGAAGAUGUGUAUGAAAAGAGGCAUGUAAAAAGUAGACUAGGACCUCAUAGAAAACAUGGCCAUCGCUAUAAUGCUCGCUCUGUAUCUCCACUUCAGAUACAAAUUAAUAAUGAUAAAUAUUAUAAGCGUACAAAUCGGCGUUAACAAGUGAGUUCAUUUUUAAAUUUUGAAUUGAAUUGACUUAACAUUUGAUUUUAUAAAUCUUAAUUAUAUUCAAUUAUUUAUAUGAAUCAUUAUACUCUACAUAAUUUUACAACCAUUUAUUUUUUUAUUUUAUUGUUGUACAAAUAAAAGCACAAUUAUUUGUAUAAUUUUAUAUUUUUACU